UUCAACUGCCAAAACGUGACAGGCUCCCAAACGGGGCACGGGCUUUGUUUAUCAACAUUGCACAGACCAAAUUCACAAGUUUCACAACGCGAAAAAAUGCCCGCAAUCGAAGCUACAAUUAAAAGCCAGGGCGCUACCGAGGCGGUCACACAAGAGGUCACGGGCAGCAACAUGAGUGAGCUGAUUUCAAGCAUCAAAGUGGUAAAGGAUUCGUUGAACGAUCUGCUCACCGCGAUUGUGGUACGGGAUGCGAGCUCGGGUAGUGCACGAAAGGAACGCACGGAAGAAGCUACAGAAGAGGGAGCAGCUGAUGGUGAAAGUAGUGAUGAACCGGAAGAGGGCGACAGAGAAUCCAACAAGCGGCAGAAGGUGUAGACCGUAGAACAGCUUUCAAAGUGCGACCUAAAGCGAUAGCGAUAGCAUUUUUGAAUUAUACCGGUUUCAGUUGUAUGUAAGUGUGCCUUUUUGAAUUGACCAUGUUUUGAAAGCAGGCAGCAUGCGACCGGUGCGCGCAUGUCGCCACCGACCUGCCGUUGCUAGGACACAAUUUUCGGAGGCGUCAAACAAGUGGCUCAAAGUACGGAAUAAGAAUGCGAAAUUGUUUCCUCUAAAAUCCACAAUAAAAGUUAACUAACGAAUUAACAUUACGCACAUCGGUAUGUGUGAUCUAUCGAAGCCUAAUUUUCAUUCGACCGAAUCGUCCGAGAGUGAAGAUGUUAGCGACACCACAACUAGGGCAUCGACGACCGAAUCUCACAGUCAGCUCGGCCCGAAAGCCAUGUUCAACGAGAUGGAAAGUGGUAUGAUAAACAUCGUAAUCGAGGAAGCGACAUACAAGCUGAUCGUCAUCAACCGGGAUGGGGACAAAACGAGCGCCCCGAUCGUACGGAAGCCGCCGAUGCACGUCCGCUUCGAUCCGUCGUACAAGAACCAGCUGCUGAGCGAAAAUAUGGUCGUCGAUUUGGCGAUGGGAAAAAUGAUUCUCGUAAAGCUGCAGAAUGACAUCUCCAAUUUACGCAAGCUGCUGUCGGACACGCACACGGAGAUGGCGGAGUUCGGUACGUUCGAAACGCUGCAAACCUUCAUGGACAACGACAUCCAAAGCGAACAGGAGGAGCUAAUUCUGAUCCGGGACAGUAUCUUGAAUGAGAAAAAGCUGAAAAUACUGCAAACCCAGCUCGAGGGCGUCAACCGUGAGUGCAAGAACGUGCUGAAGCAGCUCGACGACGAAAUAUUCGACCUGGAGACGAAGCUCAAGGACGCACGGAUUGAGAACGACAUCAAGACGAAGCUGGUCCAGCAGUGGGAGCGUACCCGGCACGAGCAGGCGCGCAUCAUCAUCGAGGGCAAGGAGAACGAACUCGCGCACACGGCCACACUGACGAAAGCGAACAUUGAGCGCGAGUUGCGGCUGAAAAGCGAAAUCGAUGUGUACAUCAACUACUGCAUCGAUCAGAUCAGUGAAAAGAUCGCCUUUUGGACGGAUAAGUACCAGCGGGAGAUAAAGGCGCUGGAUGCACAGAUUGCCGAGCACAAGGACAAGAUCGUGAACCUGAAGGUGCAGUUCGAGGAGAUGACGAUACUGUUCAAGCAUCGCGAGAAGGAUCUGAAAAUUUGUGCCGAGUUUAUGAAGGAGCGGGAGCAGCAGCUAGCACUCGCCAACAAGCAGAUGCGUUCGGCGAUCAAAAUCCAGUCUUGGUGGCGCGGCACGAUGGUCCGCAAGGGGUUGGGACAGUUUAAGCGCAAGAAAAAGCAAAAGCCCCAGAAGGCACCGAAGAAGGGAAAGAAGGGAAAGUAAGGUGAAUGAGAAUGAGUGAAAGGUAAGGUCACCUUUUCUUAAACAACGCUAUCGCUAUCUCUUUAUAAUCUAGCUAUCGAUGAUAAAGAUUUGCAACAUGUAAUUUGUCCUUUUAAUUGCUUAGAUCAACAAUGUAAAACUUCGAGGCGUUUAAAAACCUCUUUGGCUCAACCAGACGACUGGACGAGACCAUUGGACAUUCUUUCUGCUUCGUCUUUUAAAACGUGGUAUUGUCAGCGCGUUGGCGAAUCGUCUGAUCGCGCCAAAAAGGUUUGGUAAACGCCUCGAAGUUUUACAAACAAGUUUGUUGGAUCAACAAGACUGAAGAGCUUUUCAAGUCACAGCAGUAGAGUAUAUUUCCUAAGGACAGAAACACAGAAAGAAACGCACCAUUAUUACACCAUAAACAUAAAUAAGAAAACCAUACAGGGAUCAUCUGAUUGGAUAUGGAUAUUACGUUUAUUUUUCAAUUCAUUUUUUGUACCUUGAACAUUUGCACUCAAACCACGUGAAGAAAACGACAAAGGGAAGUACAGUAAUACUUUAAUUUCCGUGAGCACGUGUCUUGGUAUGUGAAUAGGCAUGCCAUUAAAUGACCCAUAGACAUAGUGAAAUCGUAGAGCGAAGCGCAAUUGCAACUUGCAAUUAAUUUUGGGAUUUUAAGCCACCAGACAUGGUCGAUUGAUCUGCCAAUGAAGGUUGCCCUCACUAUCAUUAAAGAACUGAAUCCAACGUCCGUUAAUGAGUGCGCUAGAAGCCUCUAGUUGAGCAUUCGAAACCAGUUUUAUGUUUUUUUUAUCAUUUCAUUGUGUUUUGUACAUGAUCUUUCCAAUAAAAAAAAACUCCAAGCUUUGUUGAAUACAAUUCAAUAAAGCAUUUCGUACGGAAUUCGUGGGAAACUGUGUAAAAAAUAUGCUUUUUUAAAUCCAUUAUACAUAAAAUCGUAAGAUGCCAGCAUUAUUAAAACAUCGCGGCAAGUUUAGUACAUCGAAUUGCAACUCAUAAUGAUGAAACGAGUUUUUAACGGCCAAUCAUGUAAUUGAGAUUACGUUGAAGAGCAGUUUUUGUAAUCACUCUACGGAAAACGUUCAAAUCAUCUGAGGUCAAAAGCAGUAUGGCAGGAACUAUAGGCACGUUUGUAAAAAAAUAAUAAUACAAAAAAAUAUAAUUGCGACAUUACAUUGUAAUCGUUUUAUUGAUUUUGUAAUAACUAUCCAUAAUAACAAAAACUGGCUACAUUACAGGGGUUUCCCCGAUAACCAAUAACCAAUAACCUGACCAAUAAGGUCAGUUCCCAUGAUUUUUUGGUGCAUUCCCACGAUUUUUUGGUCGUAUCCCAUAGAUUUUUGGUUCGUUCCCAUAAUUUAUUGGUAUUUUGCGAUUGGAUAUCCAUACAAUUUGACCAAAAAAUUCUGGGAAACGACCAAAAAACCGUGGGAACGCACCAAAAAAAUAUGGGAACCAACCAAAAAUUGGUGGGAACCGACCACUAAAUCGUGAGAAACCCUGUAUAUCAUGGAAACCCUGUAUCUGUUUGUAAGAUAAAAUACUAUUUAAAAUAAAAUCC